GUCGUCCUGUUUACUAGUCUUGAUCCAGCUUUCAACUUCUCUCUCCUCUCCCAAUUACCCGCCUCGCCUUUUCAAUAUAAACCCUACCAUUCCGCCCUCUUCCUCCGCCUUCCCCUCCUUUCGCGCAGCGAUCGACAAAGAACGAACGGAGGAAAUCUCGUGCCCGAGACGCUUUCGGAGGACUAGGGCGAAUCGAUUGAAGCGAAGAUGGUGGGAAGCGUGGGAAAUGGCUUGUUGGAUCUGGGGGGCAGGGAGAAGGUGGAGCCGCUGCCUAAGGAGUUCGAUCCCGAGGAGAUCGUCGAUUCCUUGCUGCAUUCGGAGUCCAACAUAGUUGGAAAAGAGGAGGACGGGACGAGCAGAAAAAUAGUGUUGGGGAGGAAUGUGCACACAAUGUGUCUCGAAGUUAAAGAACCAGAGGCCGACGAUGAGAUUACUGGGGAGAGGGAAGCGUAUAUGGCCGGUGUCCUAGCAAGGUACAGAAGAUCCCUCAUUGACAGGACCAAGCACCAUCUAGGUUACCCGUACAAUUUGGACUUUGAUUAUGGUGCUCUUAUCCAUCUGCAACACUUUUCCAUCAACAACCUAGGUGACCCAUUCAUUGAGAGCAACUACGGUGUGCAUUCUAGGCAAUUUGAAGUUGGAGUGUUGGACUGGUUUGCUCGGCUGUGGGAAUUGGAAAAGAAUGAAUACUGGGGUUAUAUUACAAACUGCGGCACUGAAGGAAAUUUGCAUGGUAUCCUUGUUGGGAGAGAGGUCUUUCCCAAUGGCAUUUUGUAUGCCUCAAAAGAAUCUCAUUACUCGGUUUUCAAAGCUGCAAGGAUGUAUAGAAUGGAGUGUGUGAAGGUUGCCACUCUGGUGUCUGGUGAAAUCGAUUGCACAGAUUUUAGAGCUAAGUUAGUCCAGAACAAGGAGAAGCCAGCCAUUAUUAACAUCAACAUUGGAACCACUGUCAAGGGGGCUGUCGAUGAUCUCGAUCUGGUCAUACAAACUCUUGAAGAAAAUGGAUUUAAAGAUCGGUUCUACAUUCAUUGUGAUGGUGCUCUCUUUGGGCUCAUGAUGCCAUUUAUCAAACGUGUAUGUGCUACUCUUAUUUCGAAUUCUACUUCCAGUUUCCACUAUAAACAAGCAUUAAAUCACAACCAUGCUAGUGCUUCUCUGAAAAGUCAGCAAUGGAGUUUUGGGCAGGCACCAAAAGUGACGUUCAAGAAGCCUAUCGGAAGUGUGAGUGUGUCAGGUCACAAGUUCGUGGGAUGCCCGGUGCCUUGUGGCGUUCAAAUUACGAGAUUGGCGCACAUCAACGCCCUCUCCAGUAACGUUGAGUAUCUUGCUUCCAGGGAUGCCACCAUCAUGGGAAGUAGAAAUGGUCAUGCCCCAAUCUUCCUCUGGUACACCCUCAACAGGAAAGGUUAUCAAGGUUUCCAGAAGGAAGUUCAGAAAUGCUUAAGGAAUGCUCAUUAUCUGAAAAACCGUCUGAAAGAGGCAGGGAUUGGUUCGAUGCUCAAUGAGCUUAGUAGCACCGUUGUGUUUGAGAGGCCAAAAGACGAGGAUUUCAUCAGGCAGUGGCAACUUGCUUGUGAGGGAAACAUCGCACAUGUAGUGGUAAUGCCGAAUGUCACCAUUGAGAAGCUCGACUAUUUCUUGCGCGAACUACUUGAGAAACGCUCACACUGGUAUCAGGAAGGCACAAUCUCACCUCCUUGUCUCGCUGCGGAGAUAGGCGAGGCCAAUUGUUUGUGUUUCUCACAUAAGAAUUAAUAAUGCCUUCUAUUGCUAGUCCUUUUGCAUGCUUUUCUCGCUGUUAGCUAUUGGUGUGAUGGGCUCGACGUUAGGAGAUUGUCUUGUGUUAAGGAAAAAGAACGAAUAAUGCUUUCUAAGAAAGUUUCCUAAUGUGCCUGAAUGACAUUUGGUUUGUUAGUGGCCAUUGUAUUUAAUACUUUAAAAGAGAGAUUUUGUCCUA